GUUAUACUUCAGGGCGUGCUUUUGAAAAGUGGCUACAUGUUGUGUAAUAUUUUAGUUGUUAAUUGUAGUAAAUACACCGUGCUGUUUAUCUCGUGGCAGCUUGUCUUUUAAGUAAAAUAUAGCUCUACGAACAAGCAAUGGCCUGCGUUAUUGUGGGGUGUAAAUCUCAUUCUUCUCGUAAAGCAAAUGAAACUGAAAUCAUCAGCUAUCAUCGAUUCCCCACAGAUGAUGCUAUGAGGCAAAAAUGGAUCAUUGCCAUAGCUCGUCCCAAUUGGAAUUGGAAAAAACAGGACCGUGUUUGCUCUAAACAUUUCGAAAAAGACAAUUUUAUAAACAUUGAUCAUAAAUGGCGCAGACUAAAACCUAAUGCUGUCCCCUCAUUACAUCUACGUUCAGAGAUGAAUGUUAUAUCGACGUCCUCUACUAGCUUCAAUGCUGUAUCGACAUCCAGUUCAAUCAGUAUGUCAGCAGUGCAACAGCAAACUGAUUUAAUAUAUCGGGUGUUAAAAUUAGAAAAAGAUAAUGAAAGACUUCAGAAAAUUGCUAGACAAAGAUUGUUAAAGAUAAAUUCUUUACGACAAAAAACCAGACGUUUAAAGAAAACAAAUAUUGAUUUGCAUACCCGCUUAAUGGAUUUACUUAAAAAUGAGGGAAUAGAAGCGGAAAUUGCUGUUAUUGGAAUCUGUGAUGGAUAACCCGAUAAUAAGAUAUUUGACAAAACAAAUGGGUGACAAUACGUGUGAAUUCAGCUUAGAAAUGAAAAAAUCUGCAGUAAUGUUCAAUUACUUAUCACCACGUGCCUAUACUUUCUUGCGCAGCGAGUUAAAGGAUAUUUUACCACAUCCAAAAACUAUUGGAAAACGGUAUCAGACCAUCGACUGCAAUCCAGGAUUUACAGUCGAAGCCAUUGAUGCAAUCAGGGAAAGAGUAAAAUAAAAAAAUGGGAAACCUUUAUAUUGUGCAUUGCCACUAGAUGAAAUGGCUCUGCGAAAAUUGGUUGAGUGGGAUGGAACUAAUUAUUUGGCUUUGUUAAUAUCGGCUGUGAUCUUGAUUCCCAUGACAUACCAUUAGCGAAAGAAGCUUUAGUGUUUACUAUAACAGCCAUUAACAACACAUGGAAAAUCCCUGUUGGAUAUUUUUUGAUAAAUUCUAUUACCGCCCAACAGAAAGCAAUGCUAGUACUGCAAUGUGUAUCAUUAUUGGCUGAAAUUGGGUACAAUAUUGUAACUCUUACUUUCCACGGCGCUCCUACCAACAAAGCUAUUUCGAGUCAUUUGGGAUGUGAUUUAUUAAAUUAUUUUUUCAUUCAAAAUGAUCACAAAAUAUAUUUGUGGCCUGGUCCAUGCCAUAACAUAAAGUUAAUACGAAACACAUUCGGUGACAAAAAAGUUCUCAUAGAUUGCCAAGGCAAUAAAAUAUCUUGGUUUUAUAUUGUACUAUUACAUAAAAUGCAAAACAACGAAGGACUACAUUUAGGCACAAAAUUAAAAAAAGACCACAUCGAAUAUGUAAAACAAAAAAUGAAGGUACGCUUAGCGACGCAACUUUUAAGUGCAAGUCAGUGCAAGUGUUGCAGAUGCACUAGAAUUUUGUAGGGACAUUGGGAUCCCUAGCAUAGAU